CUGUUGUAUUAACCAGUUUCGUCACAAUCAACUCCAUCUCUCAGUCAAACCAUAAACUCUUGAUAGAAGAAGGGCCAAGAAGACGUUAAUGGCAGCCUAGGGUUUCAUCGAUCGAUUUCUCCUCAUAAUAUCUCUCGAUCUCACGCCAUGACCACCACCACCACGGAGCUCCUGUUGUACCUUCUAUGUCUACUCUCCAGUCUUCAUCGUUCUCUAUCCGCUUCUGGACAGGUGGCAUUCGAGUCUGUUCCUGACCUAGAGAAAUCCAUGUACAAGGUCAUAGAUGGAUAUCCUUGUGUACGAUUACUUAACCUUUCAGGGGAAAUUGGGUGUGCGAAUCCUGGUCUUGAUAAAGUUGUAGCACCAAUCGUUAAAUUCAAAAAUGAUAUAGAAUUGACUCAAUCAAGUUCACUACUAGUGGCGUCAUAUGAUUUUGAAAGUUUUCUUUCAAGAGUGUCAAGUGAUUCAAAGUUUGCAAGAAAUGUAGCUGGCGUAUUAGUAGAGUCAGGAGCACAAAAUCAAACCCACUUAAAAGGAUCAUCUCCGGACAAGAAGUUUCCUCAAGUUGAGUUUUCUCCUUAUCAGAACAGCAAAUUUGAGUGGAAUCCAACUGGAUCCGGUAUUAUGUGGGGGCUUUAUGAUUUUCCUGUAUUCUUGCUUUCUGAAAGCAGCACACAAUCCCUGCAGGAGGUUGCUGUGAAAAAUGAAAACAAGGACACAUAUGCUGCAGAAGUGACUGAAUUUGAUCUGGUGAUGCAGACAACUAAAGCUGGAACUCAUGACUCAGAAUCAUGUUUGAGAGAAAGAACUUGUCUCCCAUUGGGUGGAUAUAGUGUAUGGUCAGCCCUUCCAACAGUAAAUAUUUCAUCAUCGAGCAGUAAAAAUAGAAAGCCUAUUAUAUUGGCUGUGGCAUCUAUGGAUUCUGCUUCCUUUUUCCGUGACAAGAGCCUCGGUGCAGAAUCUCCUUUAUCUGGAAUGAUCUCAUUGCUUGCCGCAGUGGAUGCCCUUUCACGUAUUGAGGGUUUAGAUACACUUUCUAAGCAGCUUGUUUUUGUUGUUUUUACUGGAGAGGCUUGGGGCUACCUUGGUAGUCGGAGAUUUCUUCUUGAACUUGAUCAACACACCGAUGCUGUUAAUGGAAUAAACAACACACUGAUUGAAACGGUGAUAGAACUUGGCUCUGUCGGGAAAGGCUAUGAUCAGGGUGUCAAGACUUUCUACGCCCAUACAGCUGGGGUAUCAUCUGCCACAAAUAAAACCCUGAGUGCUAUACAAAAAGCUCGAGAUUCACUUGGGACUGAAAGUAUCAAGUACUCUACUGCAAGUGAAUCUAAUCCUGGGAUUCCUCCGUCUUCCUUCAUGUCGUUUUUAAGACAGAACCCGCUUACCCCCGGUGUUGUAUUGGAGGAUUUUGAUACAUCUUUCACCAACAAAUUUUACCAUAGUCAUCUAGACGAUCUAUCUAACAUCAAUUCUUCAGCUAUAGCGGCCGCUGCUUCUUUAGUUGCUCGUACACUUUAUGUUCUUGCAAGCAAUAACAACGAUUUAAGUGAUUCAUCCUUAAAGUCAAUCAAAGUCAACACCUCUCUUGUUGAGGAACUUGUGGGCUGCUUACUAAGUUGUGAACCGGGUCUCUCAUGUGAGCUCGUGAAUCGCUAUAUUUCUCCGUCAUCUGCAUGCCCGAGCCAUUAUGUAGGUGUUAUUCAGGGGGAUCCUUCAGAACCUUAUUAUGGUUAUGUGAAUGAUGUUCCGAGAUUUGUGUGGAAUUUUAUGGCUGACAUGACGUCAACGAAUGGUGGCCCAUGCUCUGAAAACUGCAGCAGCCAGACAGGUGGGGUGUGCGUCAAAAAGGAGAUAGAUGGGAAAGGUGUAUGUGCCAUUUCCACAACCAGGUACGUCCCGGCAUAUUCCACUCGGUUGAAAUACGAGUCCGAAAGCUGGACCGUGUUGCCUUCAGAUCCAGCAGACCCUGUUUGGACAGAGAGCAAUUGGAAUACAAUUAGUCUUCGUGUUUACUCAGUCCAGGGCGCUGCUUAUGAUCAUCUCGUCUUGGUGGCUGGUGUUUCUGUCACGGCUUUAGCAUACCUUUUAAUCGUUGUUAUUAAAGCCUUCAUUGCAAAGGCUCUAAAGCAAGAUUAAUUAAUUAAUGUAAGAUUCCUCAAAAGUAACUUUUUUUGUUUGGGGGUGGGUGUUUAACUGUAAAUUUCUGCCUCCAAUGAUUGAUGCCAAUUUGAUAUGGUUAAUGGGUAGUAGAUGUUUCGACAAGUAUACCUAGUGAAUAUUUUCUACAUAUCAUCAGAUGAUAAAAUGAUGAUUAUUUUGACAUGAAUCUGGGUUUAAUGUUGUGAUUUUGUGCUUCUCCAUUU